CUCCUGCACAGGUGGCAGUUACAACCAGGUAGCCCUGGAGGGAAGCCGGUUAGUUAGAAGGAGGCAGCUAAACUUGUCACUCUGGUGGCUUUAACCCUCGCCCUGAGGCACUUUAGCAACCAGCCUUUGCCUGAAAGCCUCUGAAGCAUGUCUUUGCCUCAGAUGGAGCCGGAAGAAGCCACUGGGAAAGGAAACAUGGGCACCAAGAAAAAGAACCUGAACUUCUUAAGGUCCCGGCUCUACAUGCUGGAGAGAAGGAAGACUGACACUGUGGUUGAGAGCAGUGUUUCUGGGGACCACGCUGGUACCCUGAGGAGGAGCCAGUCUGACAGGACCGAAUACAACCAGAAACUACAAGAAAAGAUGAGUCCACAGGCCGGGCGUGCGGCGGAGACCCUGACUCAGGAGGAGGAAGAGGAGCUUCAGAAGCGGAGGAUGAUGGUGAGGCGUUCCAAAAUCAUCGAGGAGCUGGUACAGACGGAAAGGGACUAUCUCAAGGACCUAGAGCUGUGCAUUAAGGAAGUGGUUCAGCCCUUGAGAAAUAAACAGAUUGAUCGGCUGGACGUGGAUAGCUUGUUUAGCAAUAUUGAAUCCGUGCAUCAGAUAUCAGCCAAGCUGCUGUCAUUGUUGGAAGAGGCCACAGCAGACGUGGAACCGGCCAUGCAAGUAAUCGGAGAAGUGUUCUUGCAGAUGAAAGGGCCGCUGGAAGAUAUUUAUAAAAUCUACUGCUAUCACCACGACAAAGCGCACAGUGUCCUCGAGGCCUAUGAAAAGGAGGAGGAGCUGAAGCAACAAUUGAGCCUCUGCAUCCAGUCCUUACAGAACAUAUACAGUCAAGAAGGCAAACCGAACCUAACUAACAUGAGCUCCUUGUUGAUCAAACCAAUCCAGCGUGUGACGAAAUACCCCCUAUUACUGUGCGAACUUCGCAAUUCUACCCCUCCCUCUCACCCAGACUUCAGGGCCCUGGAGGACGCCUGUGCUGCUGUGAAAGACAUCAAUGUAAACAUUAAUGAACUGAAAAGACGGAAAGAUUUAGUUCUAAAAUACAAGAAGAAUGAUGAAGAUGAAUCACUUAAAGAUAAAUUGUCAAAACUAAAUAUUCACUCAAUUAGCAAGAAAUCAAAGAGAGUGACAAAUUAUCUCAAGAUUCUGACCAGAGGAGAAUCACAGGUGAAAGACAACACCUUUAAUAGAGAAGAGAAGCUAUUUAGAUCUUUAGAAAAGACCGUGAGGCACUGUGUGAAGAACCUUUCAUUCUGUCUUCAACACAUACAGGAUGCCAUGCACUUUGCCCUGCAGAGCAUGCUGGAGCUCCAGGAGAUUUCAUGCACCAAAGAUGAGGAAGAGGGGGCGCAUCCAGAGGCCCCGAGGAAUGGCCAAUACCCCUGUGAUGACUUUGCAGCUCACUUACAGAAGCUCGUCCUGACGCCCCUGUCAGCCCUGCUGUCCCUGUUCCCAGGGCCUCAGAAACUCAUCCAGAAACGCUAUGACAAGCUGCUGGACUACAACAGCUACCUGCAGCGGGCAGCAGGGGAGGAGUCAGACUUGGCCAAAAAGGAGUACGAGGCCCUCAACGCCCAGCUUGUGGAGGAGCUCCAGGUGUUCAACCAGGCCGCACGCAAGAUUCUGUUGAACUGUCUGUGCAGUUUCAUCACCCUCCUCCGGGACCUGACGCUGGUGAGGCAGCAGCUGUAUUCCACGGUGGUGCCGGUACCAUUGUUGGUUUCAAACAUCUCUGAAAUGCAGAACAGAGUACUAGAAGAGGUUCAAAAUCUGAAUUUCAUAAAGGACAACAGUGCCACCUUUAUUGAGAGAAAACUUAGUUUCGAAAAGAAGAAGCCUGUGCAAAUUCCGCCAGAAGUGCCACGUCAAACUGACACUCACCGCUCCAGACUUCUGUCCACAUACACUACAGAGGAACUCUACCAAGCGAAGCGCAAAUGCAAUGCUACACAAGAACAUGACAUCAAUCUUCUGGAAGGGGAGUUGGUGGCUGUGAUGGAGCAGAAAGAUCCAUUGGGGAGUACGAGCAGGUGGCUUGUUGACACAGGAAUUAUUAAAGGAUAUGUGUACUCUUCCUUCCUAAAACCCUACAAUCCGGCCAAAGCGCAGAAGGUGGGUGCUGAGAACAGGUCCUGUGAUGAUGACUUUGAUAACAUCAGCCUCUUUGUGUCUUCGCGGCCAACUAGGGACAGUGUCACAAGCACCCCAGAAGGUAGCAUAAGUGACAGCAGCUCCUCUCUGAGUGGCACAUGUGGAAAGUUUGAAACAAACGGCACUGAUGUUGACAGCUUUCAAGAGGUAGACGAGCAGAUUUUCUAUGCAGUUCAUGCCUUUGAAGCACGGAGUAACUGUGAACUCAGCCUUCAGGAAUACCAAAGAGUUCAUAUACUUAGAUUUUGUGAUCUAAGUGGCAAUAAAGAGUGGUGGUUAGCUGAAGCUCGAGGGCAGAAAGGAUAUGUGCCAGCUAACUACCUUGGAAAGAUGACUUACGCUUAAGAAAAUCAGACUUCUGGCUUACUUAAAAGUGAAGAUAUUCUGAAUGUGUUCUUUACCAUCAUGAAAGGUUGACUCUAAGGACAAAGUUUUUUUCAGCUUACUGUAUUUUAUUUUUCUGUAUUAUGUAUUUCACCUCAAAAAUGUUGUUUUUCGCGUCUCUUUGUUGCACAUCCUUACACACACAUAUCCUAUAUAAUAAAAGCCUAAUAUGCCAAUUGUCACCUCAACCAGGAAUUCGACCAGGAGUUCAAAUGGGAGUUCAACCAGGGGGUGGGGCCGGCUGGCUAACCGCAGGAAGGGAGGCCCCGGCGAGCGGUGGCAGGCAAGCAGCUAUGGGAAGGGAGGCCCCGGCCAGCAGCCGGCAGCCUCUAGGGACCCUACCCAUGCAUGAAUUCCAUAUCCUGGGCCUCUAGCAUACCAUAUUCAUUAUAUGGUUUACAUACACAUAUAUGUACUACAUGGUAUAGACUAUACACAUAUAUAUACAUCAACCAGGGAGUACACUAAAUACAUAAAAAUAGGAAUUGAUAAUUACCAGCAACUAGAAGUCUGAUGUGUGGCCUCUCUUUAAGUUUUGAAUGAAAAAAAAAUUGAAUAACAUAACAUGAUAAUAUUUACUGAAUGAAUACCAAAUGCCAGACAUUGUCCUAAAUGCUUUAUAUGUGGUAACCUAUUUGAUAUAACAUUGUGAGGAAACUGUGGCCCAAAGAGGUGACUUUAGCCCAAUUCACAUUGCUAGUAAGUGGUAGGGUGGGGCCUCAAACCUAGGUCUGGUUCUGGGGUUCACACUGCACUACACUAUCCUAACCCUCUAGGAGUGUAGACCAUUUGCUAUUACAAAACACUUAGUGAUGCAAAUAAUGGGCAUUGAUGAGGCCCAUUUUCCUCUCAGGUCCGUAUUUAAGUAUUGCGGAGUUUUUCAAAAUCAAGGGCUACAAGAACUUCCAUGAUACUAGCCUAGAGAAAAUGACAUAUCUAGGUUAUUUAUUUUUACUGUUUUGCUUAAACAUUUUUGAAAGAACAAUUGUUUAAAAGCUUUCCUACAUGUUUGCUAAUGAUAUUUUAAUGAGAAAAUAUUUUUGGAUCACUCAGUUAUUUGGAUGAUGAAUGGGGAAUGUGUGUACCAUGUUCUGAGCCAAGAUGCAAAUAGUUUUGGUUGCCGAUUUGUACUUAGACAAGGCAGGCACUGCAGUUAACGUCUGCUGUAACACAACGCCCUAGAACACUGAACUUUAAUUUAGGAUUAGCUCAGAACAGUCCCCUAAGAUCACAGGCAUAGUUUGUCAAGAUAUUUUAUUGAACUAAAGAUGCUCCUAUGGAACAGAAAACAACAUUAAAUUAAAUUUGACUUAGUGGUUUCCUUUAAGAACCAAAAUAAGGUGGACUUUCAUUGUCCACAUAAUAUGUGCUAAUAUGACAUCAAACUUUAAGAUUAAAAUUACUUUAAAAGAUUUGAUCUGUAUAAUGUACAGUUAUGUCUAUUCCUGAGGAAUACAAAUAACAAAAUGAAAGUGCUGCUUUUCAAAGGGUUGCUGACUUUUACUUACAUAUAUGUACAUCUAUAGAUAUUAAGACAUUUACAUGACAGAAAUUUUCACCUUGUAUGUAAAAGUAGCCCCUUAUUAUCUGCAUGGAAUCUAUACUAAUAAAAGGGUAACAUGCUAAUUAGGACAGAUGUCUUCCAGACGUCCAUCUGGACAAAGCCACAGCAGCUGCAAGGCCUGGGGCUCAUGGCAGCCAUGGGCUCAGGCAGCUGUGAGGCCCAGGGCUCAGGCCUUGCAGCCGCUGUGGCCAGCAGUGGCAGCAGCAGCAGUGGGGUGAUAGGGGCAGUGCCUUCCCCUGAUCAACCUGGUCGCCUCCCGCAGAGGGAGGCCAUCCCCUGAGGGCUCCUGGACUAUGAGAGGGGCAGGCCAGGCUGAGAGAUCACUCCCCGGUACAUGAAUUUUCGUGCACCGGCCUCUACUAUCUUAUAAGACCCCAGUGGAUGCCUGAGACCUCAGAUAGUAGGAAACCCUAUAUCAGGGGUGGGGAACCUUUUUUCUGCCAGGCACCAUUUGGAUAUUUAUAACAUCACUCAUAGGUCAUACAAAAUUAUCAACUUAAAAAUUAGCUUGGUAUAUUUGCUUAAACAUUUAACUAACUCACCCCUUAUGCUUUGGGGCAGGGACAGACCAAAUGAUUUCGUGGGCCUUAUGGAUCCUGGAGGACAAACAUUUCCCACACCUGCCCUAUAUAUACUAUGUUUUCUCCUAUACAUACAUACAUAUAACCAAAUUUGCUUUAUAAAUUAGUCACCAUAAGAGAUUAAAACAAUAACCAAUAAUAAAAUAGAACAAUUAUAACACGAUAUUGUAAUAUUAUGUGAAUGUAGUCUCGCUUUCAAAAUAUCUUAUUCUACUGUAUUCACCCUUCUAUUGAUGUAAGAUUAUACAAUGUAAGAUUAUACAAUGAUGAGAUGAAGUGAGGCGAAUGGGUGACAUUAUAGGUAUUGUGAUGUAGCAUUAGGCUACUGUAAGCACUGGGAUACCAACAGUCAAUCUGAUAACCUAGAAGACUACCGAGUGACUAAUAGGUAGGUAGAGUAACAACGUGAAUAUGCUAGACAGAGGGGUGAUUCCCAUCCCAGGCGGGAUGGAGCUGGAUGACAUGAGAUUUCAUCACACUACUUAGAAUGGAGCACGAUUUAUAGCUUGUGAAUUGUUUAUUUCUGGAAUUUUCUAUUUAAUAUUUUUGGACUGUGAUUGACUCUGGGCAAAUGAAACUGGAUAAGAGGGAAUAUUGUUGUUAAAAUUCUUAAUCUGUAUAUGGUUUUAUAAGGUUCUACUGGUAACACAUUUUUGCAUGAACUAUUUUCUUGUUUUGAGUUGGGUACCAAAAGAAGACUCUCUUUUUUAAAUGUACAGAAACUUUUUACGUCUUUGAAAUGGUCCUUUGUACCCAAUAAUAACAUAUUGGUAAAUUCCAGUUUGCCUAGGCCCUAGGGCAGUGAUGGCGAACCUAUGACACGCGUGUCAGAGGUGACACGCGAACUCAUUUUUUUGGUUGAUUUUUCUUUGUUAAAUGGCAUUUAAAUAUAUAAAAUAAAUAUCAAAAAUAUAAGUCUUUGAUUUACUAUGGUUGCAAAGAUCAAAAAAUUUCUAUAUGUGACACGGCACCAGAGUUAAGUUAGGGUUUUUCAAAAUGCUGACACGCUGAGCUCAAAAGGUUCACCAUCACUGCCCUAGGGUAAAGCAAAAGGAAAUCCAAAUUUGCUACUUGUGGAAACUAUGAACAUACUCUGAAACCAAGAUAGUGGGGAAAUUUUACAUAUAUAUUUACAAUUUAUAUAUAUGUAUGUAUGUAUAUAUAUUUAUAUUUAUAUAUAAAUAUGAUUUAAAUUGUGACCUUAAUACUCCCCCCUUCCCCCAGGGCAGAAUUACAUAACUAGAGUAGCACAUUUAUUUGCUUUUCUGGCUGAAGUACUGACUAGAUCAGUGGUUCUCAACCUGUGGGUCGCGACCCCUUUGGGGGUCGAAUGACCCUUUCACAGGGGUCGCCUAAGACAAUGGGAAAACACAGUUAUAAUUACAUAUUGUUUUUGUGGUGAAUCACUAUGCUUUGAUUAUGUUCAAUUUGUAACAAUGAAAAUACAUCCUGCAUAUCAGAUAUUUACAUUAUGAUUCAUAACUAGCAAAAUUACAGUUAUGAAGUAGCAGCGAAAAUAAUUUUAUGGUUGGGGGUCACCACAACAUGAGGAACUGUAUUAAAGGGUCGCGGCAUUAGGAAGGUUGAGAACCACUGGACUAGAUGUAUACGAGAAGCUUUAUCCAUUCGUGUGGGCCUAGGACUGAUGCUUCCUGUCUGACCUAUGAAGGAGCCACACCGUUAAAAUCAUAGCUUCCGUCAGUGGCUGAGCAAGAGUUGUAAUGAAGCACCUACUGCAUGCAGUCCCCCACUCUGGUGCUGAACGUAUAUUACUGUAAACUAUGUUGUUGCUAUUUUAAAACCACAACCUACAUUUAAUUUGCCAUUUAGGCUUUAUUUAAAAAAAUAUUUUUACAUUAUACAAUAAUCUCAUUAUUUUAGUAUAUUGUUUAAGAUCAAGUCACUGUAAUUUUAAGGCCAGACAUUAUUUCACUGGGCCCAAGGGAAAUAAAAUCCCAAGAUAGUUAAGGUGUGUAUAAGUUUUCAAAAGUCUUCAUAAAUAAAGUUGUUGGUGAGA